AUGGCCAAGAACCUGCGUGAAUCCCUGCCACGAUCCAGCACGGUGUACAUCUACGACGUGGCCACUGCCGUCCUGGACAAGUUUGUCGCCCAGUACGGGUCUCUCGGCCCGGUCGUCGUCUGCGCGUCGGCCCAGGAUGUUGUCGCCCACUCUGACACAAUCAUCUCCAUCGUGCCCGAGGGCAAGCACGUCUCGGCCGUCUUUGCCGCCACAGCCGGCGGCGCGCUCGCCGACCCGGCGGCAGUCAAGGACAAGCUGUUUCUCGAAUGCUCGACCAUUGACGUCGCCACCUCGCGCGCCACGGCCGCCGCUGUCGAGACGCUGGGCGCGACGUUUGUCGACGCGCCCGUGUCAGGUGGCCCAGCGGGAGCCGAGCGGGGGACACUGACGUUUAUGAUGGGCCUGGCAGAGUCGCACCCGCGCGUGGCCGAGAUUCGAGCCCUCCUCGCCACAAUGGGGAGUAACCUCUUUGCGUGUGGUGGGCCCACGCUCGGGCUCGUGACCAAAGUGUGCAACAACUAUAUCUCGGGCACGAUCGCCAUUGCCACUGCCGAGGGGUUCAACCUCGCCAUGCGUCUGGGCCUCGACCCCGUCACGUUCCACAAGGUGCUGGGUGUGAGCACGGGCGGGAGCUGGGUGAACAGCAACUGUAACCCUGUGCCAGGCGUGGACCCCAAUGCGCCUGCGUCGAAAGACUAUGCGCCAGGCUUCAAGGUCCAGUUUAUGCGCAAAGACUACAACCUCGCUCUGGAGGCGGCGGCGAUGGUGGACGCAACGUUGUGUCUUGGCCUGGCGGGGCUGGACGUGUACACCAAAGCCAGCGCGGAUCCCCGGUGUGUCGACCGAGACUCGCGGGUCGUGUAUCGGUAUAUUGGGGGCAACGAGGACUGGAAGCAUGACAGCGGGGAGGAUGAGUAA